CAAAAACCUUAGGUGCCCAAACUCUACACUACACACUUCAAAAUCACUUUCUUGUUUGUUUCGCUUCUAUUUUAUAUUUUCUCUAUUGAGGGGGAAUUAUUACUUAUUACUUGUUUAUUAUUGUCUUAUAAAAUUUUCUCCGCCAAUGCUCUGUUUAAUAUGCACUCAUCUGUCUGGAUGGAGUAUUGUUAGUUUUUAGAUUUGGGUUUUACUUUAACACUGCUAUUUCUUUCUUAUUAUCAUGUUUUGGUGCGUUUGUUUGGGGUCUGUGUUUUUGGUUCGUUUUUUACGGUGGAGUGACCAUGAGCAUUUGUAGGCAUUAAUAUUUAUCUGUUUCAUAUUUUUAGGAAAUAGGCUUAAUGAGAUAUGAAAUGUUUUGGAAUCGGUGAGUGUCAAUAAUGGGGAGCUUGAGUGAAGAAGAUGAUCAAUACUUUGACACCCGUGAGGACAUGUCCUCUGUAUCUGAUUCGGGCUCCGAUAGUCCGGAACAUAUGGAUUCUGAUUUCGGGGUCGUUAAUACCUUGCCCAGUAGUUUUGGAUAUGAAAUUUGGAUUAAGAAUCCGAAUAGCAUUCAUGAACGGCGUGAUAAAUUUCUAAAAUGGAUGGCAUUAUGUGUAGAUCAAACUGUGAGUGACACUCCUGGAAAUGGUAUAACUUCUUGUGACGAAGUUGAAGUGGAGAUUGAUAGACUCACUAAGAAUAGUGAGGCAGUACUAGGAUCAUCCAGUUUUGAUGAUGGAUUGUCGUGUAGUCAGUCUUCAUUGUCUCACUGGUUGAGUGAUGCGAGGGAAUUGUAUGAUGGGACAACAGAAGAGAAUUGUGUACGUCGAAUUAGGAAUUUGGAUGAUGGGACUGAGUUCAUUGUGGAUGAACUUGGGCAGGAUGGUAUGCUGGGGAGACUUCGUGAAGUGGGUUCAAACCGUUUACUUACUUUGGAGGAGUUUGAGAGGAGUAUUGGUUUAUCCCCCUUGGUUCAGCAAGUGAUGCAGAGAGAUGCUGGAGAUGGGGGCAUUUUGGGAGCAGCAAGAAAGCAGGUGAAGAAGGGGUGGUUGAGGAGACUAGGUUCUGUAGCCUGCAUUGUGGAUGGUGGAAUGAUAGCCAAUGAUUCCUACUCAAUUACCAGGGCAAGGACUCAAAAAGUUAGGGUUCGAUCUCACAGAAAGGGAACAAAGGAAUUAUCAGCUCUCUAUAUGGGACAAGAUGUACAGGCCCAUGAGGGUUCGAUCUUAACAAUGAAAUUUAGUCCCAAUGGUCAAUACCUAGCGAGUGCUGGUGAAGAUGGAAUAGUACGUGUGUGGCAAGUGGUGGAGUCAGAGAGAUCAGAGGAUUUUGAAGCUGCUGAUUGCGAUCCUUCAUGUGUGUACUUCACCACGAAUAACCCUUCUGAACUUGUUCCUGUUUGCAUGGAUAAAGAGAAUAAGGGUAAAUUGAAGGGUGUACGGAAAACAUCAGACUCAGCUUGUGUCAUUUUUCCUCAGAAAGUUUUUCAAAUAUUGGAAAGACCGAUCCAUGAGUUCUUUGGACAUUGUGGUGAGGUCUUAGAUCUCUCAUGGUCAAGGAAUAAGUAUCUCUUGUCAUCCUCUGUUGAUAAAACUGUUCUUUUGUGGCAAUUGGGAUGCGACCAAUGCCUCAAAGUCUUUUCCCACAAUAAUUAUGUCACAUGUGUUCAGUUUAAUCCUGUGGAUGAUAAUUACUUCAUUAGCAGUUCCAUAGAUGGGAAGGUACGUAUCUGGGCAAUUCCUGUUUGCCAGGUUGUUGACUGGAUUGACAUCACUGAAAUAGUCACGGCUCUUUGUUUUCGUCCUGAUGGAAAGGGUGUAGUUGUUGGCUCCAUGACUGGGAAUUGUCGAUUUUAUGAUGCGUCAGGAUCGGAUAAUCGCCUACAAUUGUAUGCUCAAGUAUGCUUACAAAGUAAGAAGAAAUCUCCAUUAAAGAGGAUAACUGGCUUGCAGUUUUCUCCUGGUGACUCAACUAAAAUGAUGGUCACUUUUGCUGAUUCACAAGUCCGAAUUCUUCAAGGUGUAGAUACAAUCUACAAAUUUCGAGGCCUGCAUAACUCCUGGAGUCAGAUAUCAGCAUCAUUCACCUCAGAUGGGAGGCAUGUUGUCUCAGCAAGUGAUGACUCUAAUGUCUACAUGUGGAAUUAUGUUAGUCAUGAUGGGCCUGUGCCCCAAACUAGGAAAAAUUGGUCAUGUGAACGUUUUUUCUCAAAUAAUGUGUCUGUUGCCAUUCCCUGGUGUGGGAUGACAUGUGGGAACUCUAUCUUUUCAAGCAUAUCAGGAGCAGCCACAUCCUUUGGGGUUCCAGAUAACUUCUGGGGAUGCAGUGAGAGAAGGUCACAGCAAUCUGAGUUGGGUGAGAGUUCUCAAUGCAAAUUACCAUUCUCUUCUCCUGAACAUUUUCCACUGAACCAUGGAAUAUUUUCAAAGUCUUUGCCCAAGGGGUCUGCGACAUGGCCUGAGGAGAAGCUUCUCCCUCCAAGCUCAAUGGUUUUAUCGUCUGCAAUGCUUAAAUCCCAGUACAAGUUUCUCAAUACAUCUUUACAAAGCACACAUGGUUCUCCCCAUGCGUGGGGCCUGGUUAUUGUAACUGCUGGUUGGGAUGGACGGAUCAGAUUCUUCCAGAAUUAUGGAUUACCAAUUCGCCUGUAGACUUAUCUAGGUUGACAUUUUUUUUGGUGAAAUGUGGGAUCAGCUCAUACAAUAUGCAGUCUUGUGAAUCCAGAAAUGGUGCCCAAAGGACUUAACUUCGACUACUUGUUUCACUCAUCAACUGGAUUUCAGCUGCAAUCCCCAGCCAGAGUAAGUCCUGGAUGGAAUAGGUAAACAUAUGAAUGAGCUUUAUGUAUACCAUGUUAAAGGCAAUCCUGGUUCUUCGGCAAGAGUUUAAUGGACACUUAUAGGAGUGUUACAAUAGAAUAAAAUGUUGUUCAUUUGCGGUGUAGUUAGGCUCGUGUUAAGAAGUGGAUAUAAUAUGGGUGGUUUACAUGUAAUUAUACCAUUCUUUGAUUUGUUUAUGUAGAAAUAGUCCCAUCUACCUGUCUCAACGGAAGUAAAGGAUCAUGUCCCAUCUGACUUUUGAUGGGGAUUGAUUCAAAAAUGGAGAUGCUUUGGGGGAUGAUACAUUAGAAAAUGAAAAUGAAAAUGAAAAUGCACGAGGAGAGAGAAGUAAAGGAAGUAGUAGUGGGGUUGUUUUCCUCGUUAUAUGUUAGUUGGGUGGUUGAAUAAUCGAUGUCUAGUGGUGCACAGGCUAGUUUUGGGCCAUUUGUUGGGGCUCUUAUAUUAUUGGAGUCAUUUGUGUCAACGGUUCAGGUGUAGUCAGAAAGUAUUGUAAUUAGUUAAU